CCACCUCGCCGGCGACCACCGUAGCAUCAGAGAUUCCAGAGCUCGCGCCUCUCGCGCAUGGUUCUUGGCUUCUCGCUUGCUCGGCCCGCACUGUAACUGACUGACUGACUAAGCGUGGUGACGAGAUGAUGCCGGUGGAGGCGGCGGCGGAGGACUGGUCGGCGUGCGCGUUCUCGCUCACCUGCGAGGAAGACGGCGCCGACCUCGGCGACGGCUCCGUCGACGACGGCGAGUUCUUCUCCCCCUACAAUGCCCGCGACGAGGAGGAAGAGGAGGAGUACUUGGAGCAGCUGUUGUUCAAGGAGGCCAGCUUCUGCUGCUCCUCCGACUCCGCCGCCGACUGCGACGUCGAUGCCGACGGCGAUGUGGACGGCGAGUACCAGCUCGUCUUCUCCGAGGAGUGGUUCCGGCAAGCUCGCCUCGCCGCCGUCAAGUGGAUUCUUGAAACGCGUGGGUACUUCGGGUUCGGCCACCGGACGGCGUACCUCGCCAUCGCCUACUUCGAUAGCUUCCUCCUCCGGCGACGCGUCGAUAGGGAGGCGAUGCCGUGGGCGGCGCGGCUGCUGUCCGUGGCGUGCGUGUCCGUGGCCGCCAAGAUGGAGGAGUGCCAGGUGCCGGCGCUGUCGGAGUUCGACGCCGGCGACUACGACUUCUGCUCGGCGUCCAUCCGCCGGAUGGAGCUGCUCGUGCUGUCCACGCUCGGGUGGCGCAUGGGCGCCGUCACGCCCUUCGACUUCCUCCCCUGCUUCUCCUCCAGGCUCCACCCGCACGGCGGCGCGGGCGCCGGCGGCCGCGUCGCGCUCAAGGCCAUCGGCUUCAUCUUUGCCACGGCCGAAGCUGGUAGCGUGCUUGAUCACAGGCCGUCCACUGUGGCUGCAGCUGCAAUCUUGGCAGCAACCUAUGGACCUCUACUGACCAAAGAGGCACUGGAUUCCAAGAUGAGCUAUCUUCCUCCAUCUUGUCUUAUUGAGAAGGAGCAUGUACAUGCUUGCUACAGUAUGAUGGUUGGAGACAUGAACAGGAGGGGUAACAAGAGAUCAUUGCCAUGUUCAGGCUCCAACGAGGUUGCUACUAGUACAUAUGAUUCUGUUCUUGUUGAUGAUGUUACCGACACCGCCGCCUUUGCGACGUCCGUGGCGGCGAGGAAUAAGCGGAUCAGGCUGGAGCUGCCGGGCAUCCGUUGAGAAGCUAGCACCACCGCGGACAUAAUUUUUAGCCAGAUGUCUAGGGGGGCUUGGUUUGAUCUUCCCUUUUUUCAUUCUUUUAACUUAUAUGUUUGCAAAAAAAAAAGUUUUUUAGGUUCUUUGAGCCAUUGCCAUGGGUUGUCAUUGGCUGCUGUCAGAUUGGAUUGGUUUGGUUUGUGUGAGAGGUGGAAGAGAUGAACAAAGCAUAGGGCUGAGCUUUCCUAUGGAGAGGAGAGCUUAGGUUAAUAAGCCCAAUGCCAGUGCCCAAAUGGGGUACAUUCCAGUCAACUUUACUUCAAAGUUGCACUGUUUGAUAAGUCAUUGUGGAAUGUGGAUGCCAUGUUGCAAUGCAAUUUGCAUUGCAUAUGGUGAGAUGCUGCUGCUGCUGCUUCAGAGAAGUUGCAAAACAAGUGGUAACAACACUGAGGUUGAGGGUUUUGCCAUUGUUUAUAGGAGAGAGAGAGCUGUUUCCUUUUUUCACUUGUGCAAGUGGACGUGUGAGUGUUUCACUCUGCACUUGCUUGGGUUACAUCGGUUUGUAACAACCCUGUGUACUUGUGUAACCCCUCUUGUUCCUGAGGAAUGGAAUCAGAUUGCAUCAUGUUGUGCA